AUGGACUCUGUUCAAUAAAUGAAUCUGUGUGAUGAUCAAUAAGAUCCAAGUGAAUUUGAAAAUGAUGAAGAUAAGGAAGUGCAAUAAAUGUUUAGUUCUAAAGAAAUGAAGCAUUUCAGUGAUCAAAAGCAAAUGACAUACCCUAGUGAAUCAAGCCAAAACAAUAGCCACUUAGAAAUAAGAAAAGAUUAAUAUCAAAAAACUCUGUUUUGUUCCCCACAAUUCAAAGAUUAAGACAUUUUGAAUAUAUCUGAUAGCAGUGGAGAUUCAAAUUGA